AUGAGAAAUUUAAAGAUUUUAAAUGCAGCUCUAUUGUGUGUGCCAAAGAUUUUGGCUAACAUAUGUGCCCCUAAUCAAGGAAAACCAGGAAUUAUGAUUAUGAACCCAGGUCAGCUAGAAAAUUGUGCGACUCCCAAUAAACCAUUAAUUUAUAACCCUCCCGCAGGACAACAAGGAAGACCUGGAAGUGAUUGUAUUGUAGGCGGAGGACAAGGUGGAUACCCAUCUCAUGGCGGUUUACCAUCUCAAAACGGUUCAAUGCCACAAAUUUGUACAAGUGGAAAUUAUCCAGGAAGCAAUAUGCCAGGUGGAAAUUAUCCAGGAGGCAAUAUGCCAGGAGGACAAAACUUGAUACCCGGCCAAGGAAUCCCAACAGCACCAGGAGGUCAAUAUCCUAUGGUACCCGGCCAAGGAAUUCUAACAAUGCCAGGCCAGUAUACUAUGGUACCCCAGCAACCACCACAAUAUGUGCCAGUAGUCCCAGUAGUACCUGCUGCUCCUGUACAAUCAGCGGUUCCUGCCCCCGCAUAUCCCCCCAGUGCACCUCAGCCACCUAAUGUUACUCAAAUAAUUCAAUCCACACCACCACCAGCCACCACAAUUAUACAACCAACAACUCCUCAAGUUCCUUCUACAAAUGUGCCUGCACAACCAACUAAACCGCCAGGACAAGAAACUCAGUGUACUGUCAAACAGACUGUCGAUUGUGUACCUAUUAAUCCUGAAGAAGAAGUUCCUGAAGUGCCAACUACACCUGGUGAAUCCACUAAUCCAAAUAAUCCUCAAGGAAACAAUCCACCGGCUCAAACAAUUGUUCAUGUCACGCCCGCUCCAACAACUCCACCAAUGCCUCCUCAAUAUUCCCCUCAACCAUGUAUACCUCAGCAAGUUAAUCCACCUUCUAGCAAUACAGGCGCCUCAAAUUUACCAUAUUGUAUUCCAAAUAACUCAACAGGAUCACCCUCUUAUUCACAACAGGGAACACCACAAGGAACACCUAAUGGAUUACCUCAAGGACCUGUCAAUGCUAUCUAUGUACCAACUGUAAUUUCACCGCCUGCUUCAGCUCCAACAACUGAUUGUGCAUCUCCAGCAAAUUUGAUUAAUUCUUUAUGUGAUACUGCAGCUCAACAAGGACAAUCAAUGGGAUAUAAAGGAGGUAAUUGUGAUGUUCAAAGUAAUAUCGAGUGUCUUAAUAAAAUGAUAAAUUCUCCCCCACAAGCUUCACCCUAUGAUGCUAUGGAAUGUGUUACUCCUCAAAAACCAAUGGUCGAUGUAGGUGUAUUAGUACCCGCCUCUGAUGCUUAUUUACAAGCACACCAGAAUGUAUGCGUACAAUAA